GGGCAGCAAAGGCCAAUGGGUCAGAAGGGCCAUAAAGACUCCCUUUGUCCUCGUGGAAGGACUCCUGUGAGCACCCUCCACGAGGCCCUGGACCAGUGCAUGAUCGCCCUGGACCUCUUCCUCACCAACCAGUUCUCAGAAGCACUCAGCUACCUCAAGCCCAGAACCAAGGAAAGCAUGUACCACUCGCUGACGUAUGCCACCAUCCUGGAGAUGCAAGCCAUGAUGACCUUUGACCCUCAGGACAUCCUACUUGCUGGCAACAUGAUGAAGGAGGCACAGUUGCUGUGUCAGAGGUACCGGAGGAAGUCUUCCAUGACAGAUUCCUUCAGCAGCCUGGUGCACCGCCCCACUCUGGGCCAGUUCACGGAAGAGGAAAUCCACGCUGAGGUCUGCUAUGCAGAGUGCUUGCUGCAGAGAGCAGCUCUGACCUUCCUGCAGGAUGAGAACAUGGUGAGCUUCAUCAAGGGCGGCAUCAAAGUUCGAAACAGCUACCAGACCUACAAGGAGCUGGACAGCCUGGUCCAGUCUUCACAUUACUGCAAGGGAGAGAACCACAGGCACUUUGAAGGAGGGGUGAAGCUCGGUGUGGGGGCCUUCAACCUGACACUGUCCAUGCUUCCUACUAGGAUCCUGCGGCUGUUGGAGUUUGUGGGGUUUUCAGGAAACAAGGACUACGGGCUGCUGCAGCUGGAGGAGGGCGCAGCAGGGCAUAGCUUCCGUGCUGUGCUCUGUGUCAUGCUGCUGCUGUGCUACCACACCUUCCUCACCUUUGUGCUCGGUACCGGUAAUGUCAACAUUGAGGAGGCAGAGAAGCUCCUAAAACCCUACCUGAACCGCUACCCUAAGGGCGCCAUCUUCCUGUUCUUUGCCGGGAGGAUUGAAGCCAUUAAAGGCAAUGUUGACACAAAUCAGGAGAACAGUUGGAGCAAAGGCUUGGCCACCUAUGUCUACAUGAAGGCCGCCUACCUCAGCAUGUUUGGGAAGGAGGACUACAAGCCUUUCGGGGAUGACGAAGUGGAGUUAUUUAGAACUGUGCCAGGCCUGAAGCUCAAGAUUGCUGGGAAAUCUCUGCCCACAGAGAAGUUUGCCAUCCGAAAGUCUAGACGCUACCUCUCCCCCAACCCUAUCUCAUUGCCAAUCCCUGCUCUGGAAAUGAUGUACAUCUGGAAUGGUUAUGCUGUGAUUGGGAAGCAGCCGGAACUCACGGAGGGGAUACUUGAGAUUAUCACCAAAGUUGAAGAAACGCUGGAAAAAGGCCCAGAGAAUGAGUACUCAGUGGAUGACAAGUGCUUGGUGAAAUUGUUGAAAGGCCUGUGUCUGAAAUACCUGGGCCGUGUCCAGGCGGCCGAGCAGAAUUUCAGGAUCAUCCCUGCCAUUGAAAAGAAGAUUAAAUAUGACCACUACUUGAUCCCAAAUGCCCUGCUGGAGCUGGCCCUGCUGUGUAUGGAGCAAGGCAGAAAUGAAGAGGCCAUCAAACUCCUGGAAUCUGCCAAGCACAACUACAAGAAUUACUCCAUGGAGUCAAGGACACAUUUUCGAAUCCAGGCAGCCACAGUCCAAGCCAGAUCUUCCCUAGAGAAUGGCCACAGAUCUAUGGUUUCAUCAGUGUCCUUGUAGCUUUGUGCAGCAUCCCAGGCUGGAAGACAAACUGAGACAACUGGAUAGAGCUCCUGGAAACAUUUCAAAAGAUCCCCUCCCCCUCCCCUGCCUUCGGGGUCCACCGGUGCUCCUGUGGGAUGGUACAACAUGGGUACCCAUGCAGAAGCCAAGCUGGCAUUUUCACCUGUGUGGCCAAGGGCCUUUGUCAAGGGCAGAGCAGGUGGCGCCCUCUGCCUGCCCUAUCACACAUACGGGUACUUGUUUUUCACUGUGAUGUUUAAAAAGAAUGUAUGAACAGUUUACAUUUUCCUUAGAAAUACAUUGAUGGGGUCAUAGUUGGCUUUAAAAA